AAUCACAUCCGUCCUGGAAUGGAAACAAAAUCAAUACUUAUCCGUGGUCUUUAUCCAUGUGUGUCUAGCACACAUGUUGACCGAUUAAAAAAAUAUUUUCGAUUUUAUAAUUACACCAUCAUCUUACCGAUAGCUUACGAUUAAUACAUAUUUACAUACAUUUGAAUAUGUAUAUAUAUAUGCAUAAAUACAUACAUACAUAAGUGCAUUAAUUGGUUUAUCUACUUGUACUUAUAUGUACAAAUGUAUAGCCCACGCAUUUCAUGGCAGUGCACUGUACACGUGUGUAAUACAAUGUAGUUGACCACCGCUUUUUGUGUGCAAAAUUAACACUAAGCUCAGUUCUUACUUCAAUAUCCUUGUUGAGCGAUUCACACAUCAUCUCCAAAUCCUGUCCUGCAUUGCGGUUUGACACAGUGCCAAUUAAUUUUAGCAGAGAAGAUGUGUCCGAACGACAGUAUGCAAAGUAAGGAUGAGUCAUGGCGCAUAUGUACAAAUGAUGUGAUAUUUAAUAUGCUCAUGCAUGCAUAUACAUACGAACAAACCCAUUCAGUACAUUACAUGCAUGGAUACAUCGUAUAACACUCAUUUACUUACAUAUGUGCAAGGCCAAACCUAUUUAACUUAGGAAUGGUCACUGGGAUAAAAACUCAUGAAAAAAAUACACCGUUAAAAAUCUGGUAGAGUCACAUUGAUACUCCGUACUGGUAUUGAUUUGGUAAUAAUUUCCUACCGGACUGGUGGUAAAUUGUUCCUGAGUGGUCGAUUUUUCAUUGCCACAAGAUUACUGAACGGUAAUUCCCGUUAAUACCAGUGCCGGUAGAGUCACAUGCGUACUCCGACCGGUAAUGGACCAUUACUAAUGGUUUAAUACCAGUUUUCUAAGAGUGUACUUAUGUAUGUACCUAUCAUCAUGCAUACAUAUGUAACAUCGUGAUUGCUAAAAAACUCAUGGUCAGAACACAGCUGAACUUAAUAAAAAAUGUAUGCACAUACAUUUAUCUGCAAAACUGACCCACUUGAUGUCCCACAAUUCAAUUCUGUUGUAUUCGCUGGGCAGAAAUGUUGUAGUUUUUAUUAAAUGAAAUAUUUUACUUGUUGUGGUCAACGGAACUAUAGCAUUUUUUAAUAAAUAAAUAUAACUACGUGCCAAAAAAAUGUUGUCUUGGUUGUGGUCAACCCUGAUUUACUUGAUCCUUCUCCCCGCCCUGGUUCUUUUCGGGGUCAGAGUGUUAAUUAAAAAACGGAGGGGAAAGCUUGAUCUCACGAAUGAGGUCGAUAUCCAGGGAAAAACCGUGAUCGUGACGGGAGCCUCGGACGGCGUGGGGAAAGCGACCGCGGAGGAGUUUGCGCUUCGUGGCGCGCGAGUUAUCAUGGCGUGCAGGAAUUUGCAAAAGGCGGAAAAAUGUGUGCAAGAAAUUCGGCAGAGGACUUCAAAUGGAGAAUUGAUCGUUAUGGAAUUAGACCUCUCAAAAUUAUCCUCCGUGCGAAAAUUUGCGUCCGAAUUUCUCCUAAAAUACGGUGGCGCCUCGAACCCCGCCGGGCUUUCUAUUCUCGUCAACAAUGCCGGGAUCUUUAACCCGUACGGGGUCAGGAAAGUGACCGAAGACGGAUUCGAGGAAACCUUCGGGGUCAACCACCUCGCCCACUUCCUCCUCACGAACCUCCUCCUCCCCGAGAUUGAAAAAGCCGGCUCCACUACGUCCAACCCGGGCCGGAUCGUCACCCUCUCGUCACUCGCUCACGCCUCCGGCCAACUCAACUUUGACGACUUAAUGUUUCACAAAACACCCUUCGUCGACUUCAGACUGUUUUCAAAAUUUUAUGCAAACUCAAAAUUGGCAAAUAAUCUGUUCAAUUUGGAGCUAGCGAAGAGAUUGAGGGCAAAAAAGGUUAACGUAAAUUCCUACGCGUUAUGUCCUGGAACUGUGGUGACGAAUAUUUUGACCGAGUUCCGUAACGAAAUGCCACGUGACCUUUACUGGCUCGUGUUCCACGUGGUGGGCCUGCUUUUUAUCACCCUGUCGGGCAAGACCGCUAAAGAGGGCGCAGAGACGACGAUGUACUGCUCUCUGAGCAAGUAUUUGACCCACCACAGUGGCGAAAUGUAUAGAAAUUGCGAAUUUUGGGAUUACAGCAAGCGACCCAAGUUGAGCGAGGAGGAUGCAGCCAGACUUUGGGAGAUUAGUGAAAAGUUGGUCAAACUGAAGUAAACAAUUCAAAUGAAUUAAAUAAUGUCAGAAUUUUCACGACUUUUGGAAAAGGUUUAAACCCAAAAGUUGAAUUUCAGUAUUGCGUGCGUGCAUAAUUACAAUUACAAAUCCUAAUUAUUUCUUCUGUACGUAUACUUAAUCUGAACGAUUUCAAAUUUGCAACUUUACAAUUAAUAAUUAAGGACAAAUUAAAAAAAAUAUGCAAAAAAAUAA